GGGAGUUCUGUGGCACGCCCGGUUGGAGUGGCGGCGGUGGCCGGUCACGUGCCGUAUCUUGGGCGGAGCCGCGGGCUUGGGGAGUAUCUGGGGAGCAUUCGGCCCUCCCCUGCGUGUGGAUUUCUCGCUUCUCUGGCUGUUGGUGACGUGGGCACGCCGCAUUGCCUCGCUGGGCUUGCGUGGAUCCCUUCAUGUUUACAGCCCUGCUGAGCCCCUCCCCGGCUGCUGCGCUCGCUGUCAGAUACGCAUCCAAGAAGACAGGCGGCAGCUCUAAAAACCUCGGUGGCAAGGCCCCAGGCAAGCGCUUUGGCAUCAAGAAGCUUGAAGGUCACUACGUGCAUGCUGGCAACAUCCUUGGGACUCAGCGCCAGUUCCGCUGGCACCCAGGCGCCCACGUGGGGCUGGGGAAUAAGAAGUGCCUGUACGCGUUGGAGGAAGGGAUAGUCCGCUACACCAAGGAGGUCUACGUGCCCAACCCCAGCAACUUGGAGGCCGUGGAUCUGGUCACCAGGCUGCCCAGGGGGGCUGUGCUCUAUAAGACUUUUGUCCAUGUGGUUCCUGCCAAGCCCGAGGGCACCUUUAAACUGGUAGCCAUGCUCUGAAGUCUGGCCGAGGCCACUGGACAGAGACUGAAGCUCAGGUGUCAAGGCAACAGCAGAAGGCAACAGCUGGGGUGACUACAAAGUCUCCCCGGAAGAGGCCUGCCAGCUGGUGACUGAAACCCUUUGGGGCCAGAGACAGAGUGAGCUGGAGUCGUGGCCUGCAAGCUUGAAAUAAACCCUGAAGGAGCUGUU